UCCGUCAACAUCUGGAGGAGGAGGGGGCAGAUCGAUCAGUUGUGAAACAUAUUAUGUGAAACUUAUUUCCUUCUUAAAUAUGAUACCAUGGUAUAUUUUAAAAUUUUACGCCCAGAAGCAUGUCAAGUUCACUUCUGGAACAGUUGUGUUGCUUAUUCUCACACUGAUCUUCUACAGCUAUCUGAAAUGGUUCCUGGCAGUAUGGUCAUUUGUGGUUGGCAUGGCAGUGACCUAUGUGUGUGUCAGUCCCAACACACUGCUGCCAAACCUGUUGCCUAUGUACAGCAGGAAGAAAAAGCUGUCCUCCCAGUCUGACGAGCUGACUCUCAUGAAGACAGUGUGUACUGUCUGCGGUCAGAGGAAGUGCCCCAGACACAGACCUGAGCUGAAUAUUCUGGCUUUUCAACCAUGGACCAACCUUGAGAUACGACAGAAAAUUGAUCAGUCCUUGGAAGAGUUUUUCAGUAUUAUUUUCAAGGAGUUUGUCUACACAUGGUAUAAGGACCUCAGCACAGAUGAGGAGUUUGCAGAUGAACUGCGGAGCAACAUCAGAUUUAUUGCAGCUGUGUUUCUACGCAGAGCUAAGAAGAUUGAUAUUCCUAACCUUGUAAUCCAUAAACUGGUGAAGGCAGCGAUAGAACACCUAGACUGCUGUAUACGGGCCAAGGUACAUGCUGAAGGUUCCACUGACUUUCAGCAGUGUGUGAUUGACUACCUGGGGCAAGACACUCACGUAGCAAUGUGGAGUCGUAAAGCAGAACUCGAGUAUCUCAGAAGAAUGGCAGAGAGUCUCUUCCCCUAUAUCCUCAGACCCCAGGCCCUGCACUCUAAAAGUACCUGUGCGCUGUUGAGGGAGAUGCUGGCAGGCUCAGUGCUGUUGCCUGCAGUAGAUGCUGUUGCUAACCCAGACCUGGUAAACAACUUGAUUCUCAUCUUCCUGGAUAAUACUCCUCCCCCUGUAGCCAAGGAGCCUCCAUCUCCCAUGGUGCCUUAUCUUGAGGCUUUUGCUCAGCCCCUCAACCAGAACAAAUCUUGUCUGCGCCUGGAGCUGAAGGAGGUUAUCAACAAGGACACCCCCGAGUUGCUGUACCCGUUCAUGCAGUUCCUCAAAAGCGAGGCAGCAGUCAAUGUUCUACAGUUCUGUCUAGCUUGUGAUGACUUCAAUGAGCGUAUCCUGAGUCCCAGUGUUUCCCAGAGUGAGUUAGUAGAGCUGCACAACAUGGCCAAGGAUCUCUACAACAGCUACUGUGCUCCCACUGCCUUGGAUAGGAUCAAGUUUGAUGAACAAAUUGUCAAAGAACUUGAAGGAGUCAUUAAAGGUCCUCCUGAUGGGGUGGUCAAACUGCGGACAUCCACACCACUCUUCAAGGCGUAUGAGCAUGCUUACAACCUGCUGGAAAACAACUUCCUUCCCUUGUUCCACCAGAGUGAUGACUAUUACCGCAUGGUGUGUGGAGGUCGGCCUGGAGCUCUCAGCAGGAACCAGUCAAGUAUGUUACCCCCCAGCUGUGCCCCAGCCCCAAGACAGGCAAAAAAGAAAGAAUUUGGACUCUCACACUUUGGCAAUAAACUGAAGGAGGUCUUCAAAACCUCAUCAGAGGACAAGACGGGAAGCAUGGACAGCCUCGACGACCUUGACCUUCCACCAGCUAUGACUUCAGCCACCAAUGUGGAUGAGGAGAUGGAUGACCCACUGGACCUACCAGACCCUCCCAAACAUGACCUGAGCACCUGGCGGGUCACUGUCCCUCGGAUCGGUGCUCGCCCAGACCCAGACAACCCUAAGAAACAGUUCUUUGUAUUCAUCAUUGAUGUCAGACGUGUUGAUGUACCGGAAGGUGUGUCUGAGAGGUCCAACUGGAUUGUAGCAAGACGCUACACAGAGUUCUAUGUGCUGGAGCAAAAGCUGGUAGAAUUCCAUGGAGAAUUUGACUGCCAGCUGCCUCCCAAAAAGACAUUUGGUACUAAAAACCAGGAAUUCAUUGAGGGAAGGAGAGAAGUCUUUGAGCUGUAUGUGCAGAAGCUACUGACAAAACCGCACCUUAAGGGGAGUGAACUGUUGAAGAGAUUUCUGUCUUCAGACAAGGAGGAGUUUACCACAGGCCUCUUCACUGACAUUAACUUAGGCAAACUUGUCAAGGCAAUGCCAAUGAAACUUGUCAAAGAGAGAGGUCAGCACCUUGACCCUUUCCUCCAGGCAUUUUUCCAGUCAACUGAGGCACCUCGUCCUCGGCCCAGUAAACUGGAAAGGAGAGGAUCUGAUGCUUCACAGAGGUCCACAUCCAGUGAGAAGAUGUACUCCUCCCUGUACGAGAACAACGCAGGGUGUGGCUUCAGCGGGAUGACACCCUCCACCGCAGCACCACCCAUUGUCACCAGGGAGGUGGAGGGUGUAUUUGAUUCCCUCAUCUAUGUGGCACGUCAUGUGUACAAGGUGCCAGCAUGGUUCCACCAUAUUUUGAUGACCAUAAAAAUUGUGGGCAAGAACACCAUUGAGUCUUACAUGGAGUGGUACCUGGACAACAAGAUCGAGAAGCUGAAGCAAGAACAUCGCGUUGUGAGCCUCAUACACCUGCUCAGAGACACCUUAUUCUAUGACACAGAUCCUCCAAGGACUGAGGCCCAGAAGCGAGCUCGGUACAAGGAGGUAGUGGCUGGGAGUAUUGACUACAUUCCAAAAGCAUUUGCUGCAGUAAUUGGCACCAAGAGCCAUGUAGAAGGGACCAAGUUUAUACUGGAGUGUCUCCAACAACCCAAGCUCAACAAGCAGCUGACUUUUGUGUUUCUGGACAUCGUAGUACAAGAAUUGUUUCCUGAACUGCGGGAGACCACACCCAGCCCGACAUGAGCCAUCAUGUCCUGCCUCCUCUGUGUUGUCUGCGGCAGCGGCCUGCUGGACGCACUCACUGUCCCUGACAUUACCUGAUGCUGUGUGCAGCCUCACUGGAAUACUCAUGCAACACACAGACAGACUGCCUUCUUGUGGACAUUCACCCAGUGCAAGUUUGUGUGGCUGUCUAUAUGUACAAGCAGUAGACGGAUUUGAAUAUGCCGAAAUCAAUGUCACACAGCUAUUUCCAAUUUUUUUCUCUGUGACAAUUCUAUCCAAUUGACUGACAGGAAAUAUCCUCAACAUUGUUUUUUCUAAUUGAAGAAACUUUAUUCAUCACUUUCUGAAUGUCCCGACUGUGUCUGCACACCAUCACAUGGCAGAGGGACAGUGUGUACAGUGCCCAUCAUGUCGUUCAUUCCCUGCACAUAUCUCUAACUCUAACGGUUUCAAAAUAGAUGUAUUUACAUUAGCAUCAGUAGAAACUGUUGCAACUAGCAUGCUAUUUUUGUGCAGUUUUACCCCCUGGAUGCCACAGGGACAUAUAUGCCCCUCCUCUUCAACCAAAAUGUUCAAACUACAUCACACACACAAAUACACAUCCCAGUUUGGAAUUCUACAGGAAUUCUGUGAUACCAUCCUCUGUCAUCUAGGCUAAGUGAAAUUGCUGUAAUCUGUCAUCUGGGCAAAGGGAAAUUGCUGAAAACGACCUCUGAAAAUUAGAUACAACAUAAAUCUGUUUUGACAUUACCAUUAAUGGUGUUAUUUCGUGUAUGUUUUGAAAUAUUUAGAUAUCAGAUAUUUACUCAAUAUCUGAAGUCAGUAACAAAAAUAGAACAUUAGUGAAAUAGUGAUCAGCCUUAUCUGUAAUGUAUCAAUACACCAGUGAUGAUUGUGAAACCCUAGAAUCGUAAAGCAUGCUGUGGAAAAUAUGUAGUAAAUUUUCUGCUAUAAUGGAUAGUGUUUACAAAAUCAUGUAGCAAAUCACUAAUAAUCAUUCUUAAAUGUUGCCAAUAACCCAAGAAUCGUUUUUGCACGUUGUAGAAAAUAUGUGAACACAAAUGCUGAAGUAAAUUUUCAGCCGUAUUGGAUAGUGUUUACAAAAUCCUGUUCCACCUAUGGUGUUUAUGAGCCACCUAUUACACAACAUAUAUUUCACUCUCAGCUGCGAUACAUACAUCCCUGCAUUCCUCAUACAUUUCAUGAUCAAAUGACAAAUGGUCUAUCACCAAAAUACUUACAAUAUUUGGUAAAUUCAUAAGAAAUUGUGAAAGUUUCCGUUCUGUUUACUUAAUUUCCAUAAGAAUUGUAAAAAAUAAAUGUAAAGCGUGCCAUGUACCCCGUUGAUAUUAUAUGGAAUAUUGUACCAUGAUCCUGAUAAUUCUGAGAUGAUAUGAAGAGAAAUAACCACAUAAUAAUGAACAAAUAGAUGUAAAAAUAAGAUUUGUUGCACAGUACUUACAGUACAGUGUGUAUAAUAAACAGUGGCAAAAUUUGCAUGAAAAAAACACUUAGCACUGUCAGACGAAAACCCAGUGUCGCGCAUCUGCAAUUUUCCAAAAACAUUCACUGUUCAGGUCUUAUGACAAUGUGCAUCAGAAAAAUAACUCGGCAUCCAGGGGGAUAAAAAGAAGAGUCGAGAUGAUCUCUUUUUAGUUUCAUAAUGCUUGCAUGAAAUUUGGUUGUACAAUUCUUGUCAGAUGGCAGUCUGUGUUAUCUGUCAAUAUCCCAGCUAAAGUGUUACGUUGAUGCAGCCUUGUUGGUUGCAAACUUCUUCUAUAUAUAUUUAUUGUUGUUUUGGAUGCACUUUCAGUGCACAGCUGUUUAUUGCUGUCUGUUUUUUUGUUUGGGAUUGGGGUACCCAUAUAUGCAGAUGAUGUAAGUACCGGUAUUGUGAAAAUAAAAUAUCAACAGUGAA